GGCUGGAGGCUUGUUCGGUGGUGUGGGGCGGAAUCCACUGUUUACGACCGUUCAACUGUGGGAUUCGGCUCGGGUUAUAGUGUAACGGUCACUUAAGCGCACCAGAGGGGGGGGAUCGUUGCUAUCCGGCGACGGAAGCCAGCCCCAGGUUUUUCUCUUCGGUUGGGGAAAUGUUUUCACGGCCACCGAAGGAAGGGGGUAUUCAAUCUGGCAGGUGAAGACUGACUCACCAGUGCUCACCUUGACUUUUCAUCAGCGCCUGGUUCGAUUGCCCAGUGUACGGAUUCUGCAUUUAUGUACGGUAUGACAGGGAUCAAGCACUUGCCGAGAGCUUCAAGCUUCUGUGGCGACCAAAGUGCCGAUCUCCGCCGUCUCCACUAAAUUAUUCCCGAACAUCGUCAUCUUAUUGACUUUCAUCUCAACCUCCAAGCACAGCAGGGGGAUUCAAUGUCAGCCUCCGGAGCCUCCCCCGCAUUCUGGUCAGGGGAAAGGACGAUCUCGUCCGUCAGAUUGUCAUCCGUGUUCGAGUGCAGCUUGGACGUGAUCGGCCCUUUUCGCAACGGCCAUGACCCGGCUUCUCACCCGCCUUCCAUCCUCCCACCUGCCCGAACGGAUGCGCUGCUACCCUGCAAGGCGCUGCUCUCCAUGAAUGGAUCGAGAGGCACUUCCUGACGCUUUCCAGACUUGAGUCCUGGCUGUCCGGCCACUCCCACGGAUCCCACAUCUCGGUCUCUUGGGUUGUGCCAUCAACUCACCAGGCGAGCAUGCCGAGAUGGGAUGACGGCUGGCUUCCCGGAAACGGUCCACUGACGUACACAACGAGAUUGACCGGCCAGCCAGCCAUGAGCAUCUCGGAAUUAAACAAUGGAGGGGAGGGGGGGGGUUGAAGGGACGCAGCCCUGUUAAUAUAUAUUGCUGCCCGCAUAGCUCCUGUUGGUUUUGUUUCACUUCAGCGCCGUCGUCCGUGGUGAUCUUCUGCAUCUCCCUUGCCAACCUCCGGCAGCCUGCAUCUCGCUGCACAUAUCAACACGAGCAGUUGCCACGAUGAAGUUCAGCGUGGUGGUUGCCGCCGCCCUGGCAAGCGGCGCUCUUGCCACUCCCCAAUAUCCUCCAAAGGUACGCAUGUUCCUUCUGUUGAGUCAGUCCUACGCCUCCACUGGCCACGAGCUCUCCAUCGAGCCUCAGUUGUCGUCUACAAGAUUCGGUGGUCAGAGCUCUCGAAGCUGUGAACCUGUCUUUGCUUUCUUCUGUUGCUCAACAGUUUGGCUGCCCUCACACUUACCUCAGCCGCUGCACAAAACCUCUUUAUCCAGAUUGAUACCGAUCUGAUCCUGCAUGAUCCGCAACCAACAUGCAGCUUAUACAUGCAGCCUUCUGGCUACCCUUUCUUGCUGCCAGAGCCGCACCUGCUGACAACCACGCACAGCUCAUCAAGAGAGACCUCGCGUACUCACCUCCUGUCUACCCUUCGCCAUGGAUGAACCCGGAAGCCGAUGGAUGGGCAGAGGCGUAUGUGAAAGCUCGGGAGUUUGUCUCCCAGAUGACGCUGUUGGAGAAGGUCAACUUGACGACUGGUACUGGUUGGGCCUCGGAGCAAUGUGUCGGUCAAGUAGGAGCUAUCCCUCGCCUGGGGCUCCGCAGUCUUUGCAUGCACGACGCCCCCCUUGGAAUCCGUGGAACCGACUACAAUUCCGCCUUCCCUUCAGGUCAGACAGCUGCUGCUACAUGGGACCGCCAGUUGAUGUACCGCCGUGGUUAUGCCAUUGGCAAGGAAGCCAAGGGCAAGGGGAUCAACGUGAUCCUUGGACCUGUCGCCGGCCCUCUUGGUCGGAUGCCCGCUGCUGGGCGAAAUUGGGAGGGUUUCUCUCCGGAUCCGGUCUUGACUGGAGUCGGCAUGGCCGAGACUGUCAAGGGACAUCAGGAUGCGGGCGUGAUUGCAUGCGCAAAGCACUUUAUUGGCAAUGAACAAGAACACUUCCGCCAAGUCGGCGAGGCUCGCGGUUAUGGGUUCAACAUCAGCGAGACUCUUUCCUCCAACAUUGACGACAAGACGAUGCACGAGCUUUACCUCUGGCCUUUUGCCGAUGCCGUCCGCGCCGGUGUGGGCUCUUUUAUGUGCAGCUACCAGCAGGUCAACAACUCCUAUGGAUGCCAAAAUUCCAAGCUUAUGAACGGUCUUUUGAAGGAUGAGUUGGGCUUCCAGGGGUUCGUCUUGAGUGAUUGGCAGGCCCAGCAUACCGGUGCAGCUGCUGCCGCGGCUGGUCUCGACAUGUCGAUGCCGGGAGAUACCGAGUUCAACACUGGCGUCAGCUUCUGGGGUACCAACCUCACUGUGGCUGUGCUCAACGGUACUGUUCCAGCUUAUCGGAUCGACGACAUGGCCAUGCGUAUCAUGGCAGCUUUCUUCAAGGUGGAGAAGAGCAUUGAACUGGACCCCAUCAACUUCAGUUUCUGGUCCCUCGACACUUAUGGGCCCAUUCACUGGGCCGCGGGCGAGGGCUACCAGCAGAUCAACUAUCACGUCGAUGUCCGGGCUGACCAUGCAAACCUCAUCCGUGAAAUCGCUGCUAAGGGUACCGUUCUUCUCAAGAACACCGGCUCCCUGCCCCUGAACAAGCCCAAGUUUGUGGCGGUGAUUGGAGAGGAUGCCGGACCUAACCCCAACGGACCCAAUUCUUGUGCCGAUCGCGGGUGCAACAACGGCACACUCGCGAUGGGUUGGGGUUCUGGCACUGCCAACUUUCCUUACCUCAUCACGCCAGACGCUGCCCUGCAGGCCCAGGCCAUCAAGGAUGGGUCUCGCUACGAGAGCAUCCUGACCAACUAUGCGGCAUCCCAGACCAAGGCCUUGGUAUCGCAGGAUAACGUCACCGCCAUUGUUUUCGUCAACGCUGACUCUGGUGAGGGAUACAUCAACUUUGAAGGCAACAUGGGCGAUCGCAACAACCUGACACUCUGGAGAGGCGGCGAUGACCUGGUCAAGAACGUUUCCAGCUGGUGCAGCAACACCAUUGUGGUCAUCCACUCCACCGGUCCCGUUCUCAUCAGCGAGUGGUAUGAUAGCCCGAACAUCACUGCCAUCCUCUGGGCCGGUCUUCCUGGACAAGAAUCCGGCAACUCCAUCACCGAUGUUCUCUACGGCAAGGUGAACCCCUCUGGCAAGUCGCCAUUCACCUGGGGCGCCACCCGCGAGGGCUACGGCGCUGAUGUUCUUUACACCCCCAACAAUGGCGAGGGCGCACCCCAGCAGGACUUUUCCGAGGGUGUGUUUAUUGACUACCGCUACUUUGACAAGGCCAACACGUCUGUCAUUUAUGAGUUCGGCCACGGCUUGAGUUAUACUACCUUUGAGUACAGCAACAUCCAGGUUACAAAGAAGAACGCUGGUCCCUACAAGCCAACGACAGGCCAGACAGCUCCCGCGCCGACUUUUGGGAACUUUUCGACGGAUCUUAGCGAUUACCUGUUCCCCGACGAGGAGUUCCCCUAUGUCUAUCAGUAUAUCUACCCCUAUCUCAACACCACCGACCCGAGGAAUGCUUCUGGCGACCCGCACUUUGGCCAGACGGCCGAGGAGUUUAUGCCCCCGCACGCGAUUGACGACUCGCCUCAGCCGUUGUUGCCGUCUUCGGGCAAGAACUCUCCCGGUGGCAACCGGGCGCUGUACGAUAUCCUGUACGAAGUCACGGCGGAUAUCACCAACACGGGGGAGAUUGUGGGAGACGAGGUGGUCCAGCUGUAUGUCUCUCUUGGCGGGCCUGAUGAUCCCCAGGUGGUGCUGCGCGACUUUGGCAAGCUCAGGAUCGAGCCGGGUCAGACGGCCAAGUUUAGGGGGCUGUUGACGAGGAGGGAUUUGAGCAACUGGGAUGUGGUGAGCCAGGAUUGGGUCAUUAGUGAGCACACCAAGACGGUGUUUGUGGGGAAGAGCAGUAGGGAUUUGGGGUUGAGCGCUGUUUUGGAGUGAUACCUGUUCAAAGGGAGGAAUUAUGUUUUGUGUUAUGGCAUCGAAUUAGCUGUUGUAGCGUUUUGACUUGCUAUACUAUGGAUUAUUACCUUGAUACACCUUUUGCUCACCUUUGGCUUAGUUGUCAGAAAUUGGUCACGGAUGUGAUGGUCAAGAGUAG